AAUCGUUUCCAUUAUUCAGUUUCUUCUAACUUGUUCGCUCGCUUGUAGUUGCGGCUUGCGCUGUAGAACAACAAAAACCUACAAAACAAAUAAAUAAAAGAUUACUUUAAAAAAAUGGACAGAGACACUUUGACUCCGAUGAUGGAGGAAAAAUACAGUGAUUCAGCGAUGUUUCAUUCAUCGCCGUUGUCGCCCACUGCUUCAACUUCAACUACAUUUGAUAUCAACGAAUACACUGUGUCGACGGGUGAGAACUCACCCAUAAAUGGCACCACGAAAACCAUGACUAUUGUGGAUGGACGUUUUUUUAGAAUGAUUCCGGAUAAAUGUGUCAUGAAUACAACAGUGGCGACGUGUGUUAAAUGUGAGCCGCGCUACAUUGAAAUCAAAGGUAAUGUUAAUUCAUCAUCGAAUUUUCUAUGCCAUCUAAAGCGAAAACAUGGAAGGGAAGCUGUGUUAGAAUACACCGAGUAUUUACAUUCGAAAAAAAGAUGCAGACGUGGUCAAGCAUCGAAUGCUUCCGAAGGUGCUCGUCAGGUGCAGAUUAAAGUAAGACAAAUUCAAGAACAAUUGGAUAUGAAAAUUUUGAAAUUCAUUGUUAAUUCAAUGGUGCCAAUGGCAACCGUUACAAAUUCGUAUUUCCUAGAAAUUUUCAAACACUUUAACGUAAAUGAACGGGAUCUGAGGGCUUUUAAUCGUGAAGUUUUGAAUACAAAACUUGUAUCAUUGUACAAAAAUGUUUCGGAGAAACUGCAGCAAGAUCUGAAAUCAGCAAUUGAGGUUUUCUUUGUUGCAAAUGUAUGGAAGUGGCAAGAAAAGAGGAGUCUAGUUACAAUGGCACAUUGGAUAGAUGGCGAAAUGAAGAGGCAAUCGGCAGUUUUAAUGAUUAAACAACUUCCACCCAUCGAUUGUCGAUACGACUCUUUGGAACAUAAUCUCAUGAAGAAUAGAGAAGAUUUUAACAUAUGUCAAAGUAUAAGAAUUAAUUCUUCUUCAGGCGCGAGCUGUGAUCUUUUGAAGGCGUUUCUUGCAUAUGGAAUUGGCAAACACUCAAUAGCUGAUAGUUUUCAGGAAGUCGAUGAUGAAAUCACUAUGGAAAAUGACAUUCUUCUGCCACUAAGUCCAUCUUUUUGUACGUGUAAUGUCCAGGUUUUGCGUAACUUUGCUUCGUUUGAUAUUAUUAAAAUGAUAUCGAACUGUAAGAUGUUGGCUAACUUACAUGGCAGAGUUAUGCAAAAAUGCAACAUUCUUUGGAGUCAUCCAGAUGCAAAUGACAUUCUAGAAGAGAUUACAGGUAAUACACUAGCAAAGCCUUCGGUAAAAAGCUGGAUUUCAUUGUACACUGCCCUUGGAGAAGUUCUUACGAUACAGGAUAAAAGUGUGGAGAUUUUUCAAGCUUUCGAGACCAAAGACUAUCUAAGUGUUGUAGAUUUUGUAUACAUUGAAGAGCAUUUAGCGUGCACGAAACCCCUGGCAGAUGCUUUGGCUAUCUUGGAAGAUCCUAAACACAGUCUAUAUGGUUCGCUGUUGCCCACACUUCUAGCACUGCGAAGGCAUUUGAUAAAAUUGUCCAGAAGGGAAUGGCAAUAUUGUGGUCCUUUAGUUGCAGCUAUUGCAAAUAUGGUCAAUGAGAAGUUCCAGAAGUUCUACAAUUUCGCAGACCACGAAGCUGUUAAUGCAGCAAUCGCCGCAUUUUCCCAUCCAGAAUUCAAAAACAGAUGGCUCUCCUGUGUUGAUAUGAAUUUCCAGACAAAUUUACUAAACGCAUUCAAGGAAGCUGUUGAAAAGGAAAUCCCACAAACUCAGCCACAAGACACAAAAACCGGAGCUCUCAAUGCUCAAUCGCGUUCGGAUUUUUUUGAUUUCGGUUCAGAAAAUGAAGUUAUCGAACCAAUGCCAUCGAAAGCUGUUGUGGAUAUGCAAGUUUUGAAUUAUUUCAAUUACUCAAGCAGAACUUUGGAUAGUCUAGAACAUUUUCCAGCGAUUUAUGCGGUUUUUAUGAAAUAUAAUUCUCCAUUAUCAUCGUUUACGAUUGCAGAGCAAAUGGUCGAUCAUGAUAUUUUGCAGAAAGUCUUGAUGACAGAUGGAGUUAGAGAUAAAUAUUUGGAAAUGACAAUUUGGCUCAAAGCUAAUAAUCAUUUAUUUUAAAUGUAUGUAAGUAGGAAUUAUGUUGUAGGUAUAAGUUAUUAAUAAGAUAAAUAAAUGUGAUUUUAAAUAUUGAAA